AUGCCUGAACUGAAAUUCGGUCAGGUCUUUACAGACCAUCUCUUCAUUGUCGAGCAUGCAGAGGGUGCAGGAUGGGGGCGGCCUCAGAUCAGGCCCUUCUCCCAGGGCAUCACGGUGCACCCCGCCGCCCAAGUCCUGCACUAUGGCAUGUGCUGCUUUGAGGGCAUGAAGGCCUACCUUGGUGUUGACGGCCGAGGCCGCCUCUUCAGGCCGGACCUCAACAUGCAGCGCAUGUACCGGUCCUCACGGCGCCUCAUGCUGGCAGACUACGACCCAGGCGAGCUGCUGGAGUGCCUGAAGGAGCUGCUGCGAGUGGACCACCAGUGGCUGCCGGAGAGGGAGGGCUACUCGCUCUACGUGCGCCCCUUCAUGUUCAGCAGCGCUCACACGCUCGGCGUGGGGCGCCCCACCCGCUCCACCAUCGCCAUCACACUCUCCCCUGUGGGCCCCUACUUUGCUACAGGUCUGACCCCCAUCCAGCUGUUUCUGAGUGAGGAGCAUGUGCGCGCCUGGCCCGGGGGUGUGGGCGACUGCAAGGUUGGCAGCAACUACGCGCCCACAAUCCUGCCGCAAGCAGAGGCACAGAGGAAGCAUGGGACGCCCCAGGUCCUGUACACGCUGCCAAGCAUUGACGGCAGCGAUCCAGAAAGCGCAGUCAUUUCAGAGUCCGGUGCCAUGAAUUGCUUCUUCCUUCUUGAUAAGGCUGAUGGCAGUGGGCUUGAGCUCACCACACCGCCGCUGGAUGGGACUAUUCUGCCAGGGGUCACGCGGGACUCCAUUCUGGCUCUGGCGCGCGCUUGGAAUGAUAUUGAGGUGGCAGAGAGGUACCUGACCAUCAGGGAAAUCAAGCAGGCUUCAGAGGAGGGGCGGCUGAGAGAGAUUUUUGGCUGUGGCACUGCCUGCAUAGUGCAGCCAGUCAAUGCUCUGAUACGGGCCAAUGGGGACGUCAUUGCAGCGCCUUUCGAUGCCAGCAGCACCUCUAGCAUGACUGCCCGCAUGACACACGCCCUCACUGACAUUCAGGUUCCCAGUGACUGGAGUGUGCCAUUUGAUGAUGCAAAGAUCGCGGACAAGGAGCUGUUCAGAGCUGAGGCAUGA